AUGUGGAAUAUACAUGCAAAAGUAGUUAUGUACGUAUAAAAGAUGUGAAAGAGCUGGCUAUGGUUUCUCUAGUGAGAGAAAUCUCUGUUUACCUUCUAUUACAACGAAAAGCUCUUUCACGCGUCGGUUAAGUAUUUUCUUGAUGCCACUUUGUAAUAAUUCCAAAGUAAACUCGCGUGAUCUGAUCCAGUUCAAAGCCUCUUCAAAUCUCAUCCUCAGCAGUUAUUUCUUUAUGAAAUUUUUAGCAAAAGUACAUUUAGUAUUUAGCAAAAGGCAACAAUUAUUCGAUAAAUUAAUGGAGAAGAAGUCUUUCCGAAUACAAACAAAAUUUCUGUUAUAAUUUCAACUUAUUGCCAAGGAUGGAUGUACCACAAUGAGCGACAUACACGAACCAUUUUAGAACUCUAAUAAUCCCAAUAAACCGUAACGAAAUACCUCCCGAGAUCUAUCUCAAUCAUCAGCCUCCUGUCAAAUCUCGUUCGAAGCCCAUCGGACGCUUCACCCGUCUCUCCGUCUCUCCUCACCUGUCUCUAUCUGACAUUUCAAGGUCGAGUGCAAGAAGGCACAGCCGAAGGAAGUGAUGCUCCCAGCGAAUCUGGCCAAGACGCGAGCGGCCAGCAGAGGCGCAUACGAUUUUAUGUGGUCUCUGGGAGCAUUACCUGAUGGUUUCCCAGCGGCAGCAUACGCGGCAUACGCGGCGGGCCGCGGCUAUUCUGGGUACCCUAGUUUCGGAUUACCCUACCCGACAGGAGUGCCGGCGGUGUACUACCACGGAACAGGAAGUGAGAAUGCAGGCCGCGCGUAUACGGAGGCGCCGAUGCAACACGUCCAACGCAAUGCACUCCGGAAGAAAUUGGAUCUAACCAAUGGACAGCUCACCCCAAACAACAACACGCCCUUACUUACACAAGCACUUUCUGUGAUGAACAACUACCAGGCGGCCGCAGCGCAGGCCGGAUUCCCGCCGGCGUCGCCGCACGCGGCCGGCGGACACGGUGGGCCGCAGGGGCGGUCUUUCCCGGCGGCCAAUUCGCCGGGCCCGAUUGACAUGUACAGCUCGAGCGCCGCCGCCGCAGCAGCAGCCGCAGCCGCGGAUUCCGCAGUCGCAAGCUACGUCCAGGCCGCAGCUAGCCCGCAGCCCCCCACGACCGCGUUCCCCGCGAUCGCCGUAUCCCGUGCCCCGCUCAACUACAGUCCCGGCCCUUUAAUACCAGCGGCGUUCACUAAUGGCUACCAUUGAGCCUUGUUAAGACCUAAUAACAGAAUGGACGAGACGGCAGAACGCAGCACGGUCGCCUGAUAUAAUAAGCAACAUGGACGACUUGAGGCAGCUAAACAUAAUAAAUGAUCUCUGGACGAAAAAGAAAACAUAUACACACGUCUACUGCAAAUGAUGAUCGAUGGUUGCAAUACAUUCAAAUAUGCAUAAUGUUGAACAGAAGGGAACGUUCAAGUAGGAUUUAAUCGAUGCAACUUCAAAGUCCAGAUUGUGUAUAAACAACCGGACAAAAUAUUACGCGAAUAUAUAUAACAACGCAUUAAAAAAGAAUUUAGAGCAUUAGUUCAGUUAUAUAAUUUAGUUCAGUUGGAUGCAACUGUAGAUAGAAGGGAGAAAAUUACUGAAGUACUGCUAAAGCAAGAGAAGAAAGCUGAAGCAAUGGGGAAAACGUCCAGAGAAGAUCAUAGAAAAAAAAAGAUGAGAAAAGCGACA